AUGGGCUAUCAACGAGCAACCGACUACGAGAUUGCAGCUGCUAUUACCAUUGGCAUUGAAGCAAAAGAUGUGAUAUAUAAGCAAUCGAUUCAACGUCGAUUGUGGGGUCGUCUGGUGUCUCAAGGUGAUCGCUACCAGUGGAACUUGCACGGUAGAUCCGUUGUUAUUCACAUCAAUCGACUUGCUGGCAAUUCUAAAUGCAUGAAAGUGGCUCGAGAUACCACGCAUUUCGAAUUUGCCCUGAUGCGCUCCCAUUGGCAACGAUCGCAGGAAGAUGAAAAAGAUCUAUAUGUUACCAGUUUGACAGACAUGAUGCGCAGUUCGUUUGAGAAUUCAGAGGCGUAUCGCAAAUUGGGCAUCCCGGUAGCCAAGUCCAUCUUGAUCCAUGGUGUAUCUGGUGUAGGAAAAUCUCGAUUAGUGCAGUGUGCUAGCGACUUGCUUGCAAGCAUCGUCUAUGAAAUCUCUAUACACGACCUACUUGCAUUCAACGAUGAAGAAUACAAUGCACCUGAAUUCAUCAACUACAACCCGUUCAGUCUACUGCUGGAAAAAGCGAAAAGCAACGCACCCUCCGCAUUGGUCAUUCGCCAUUUAGAUGCACUGCUCGUGGGAGACAAGACGAGCAAGAUUUUGGACAUCAUCUCAAAAGGCUUAGAUAGCAUAGAGGACACUACACCAGUGUGUAUUGUUGGCCUUGCUCGCAAUCUGAGAGCCUUGCCAGAGUCAUUGCGCAAAACAGACAUAUUCAGACAGCAUAUGACUCUGCCUAUACCCACACUCCCUCAACGAAAAGCUUUAUUACACACAUUCCUCAAAGAUCUUGGUUUGAAGCCGAUAAGGGAUACAACGCAUGUGCUUGAUGACUAUGCAACACAGAUCAGCAUGAGAACCUCAGGUUAUGUGGCAAGAGACUUGAAAUUACUCGUACGACAAGCCAAAUUGAAAGCAAUGCGGUCAGAUAGACAAAGCAUGGAUAUUUCAGACCAAUUACAACAACUAUCGCUCUCGUCGUCAUCUUGCAAGAUUCAAAUGGUAUGGUCAGACUUUGAAUACGCACUCGACACGUAUCGACCAUCACAACGGGCCGAGGUGGAGUCAACAUUGCCCAAACGAGACUGGGACGAUAUGGGAGGCUAUGCCACUAUCAAAGAUCGCAUGACACAAGCUGUUUUAUUACCGUUGCUGCAACCACAUGUAUUCACAAAACUGGGCAUCAAACCUCCUUCAGGGCUGUUGUUGUAUGGACCUUCUGGAUGUGGUAAAACGGCACUUGUACAAGCGCUGGUUUCUGAAUCCAUGAUGAAUGUUAUAUCCAUCAAAGGACCCGAGAUUUUUUCCAAAUACCUGGGUGAAACUGAAAACAAGGUACGAAAGUUGUUUGCUACGGCCAAACGUAUUGCACCCUGCAUUGUCUUUAUUGAUGAAAUGGACGCUAUUGGCACUAAAAGAGGGUUUGAUCUGGGCGAUAGCGGUAGUGGCGGUGUCAAUGAACGUGUGCUCAGUACAUUGCUGAAUGAAAUGGAUGGCGUGGAAGGACGACAAGGUGUUGUGGUGAUUGGAUGUACCAAUAGGCCAGAUCAGAUUGAUGAUGCUCUACUUCGACCUGGAAGAUUGGAUCAGCUUGUUUAUGUGGGACUGCCUAGCUUGGAAGAUCGCAUUGAUAUUAUACGAACCCUAUUGAAAAAGAUCUCGACGCAGGGUGUGGAUAUAAAUGACUUGGCAUCUCAAACUGAAUUUUGCUCUGGAGCAGAUUUGGAAAACUUGUUUCGUGAAGCAGGCACGGCAGCGCUCAGAAAGGACUUGAAUGCGCAAUACAUCACGCCAGACGACAUUGCAUCUGUCAUCAUACCCAUCUGUGAGCGAGCAGAGAAUCAGAUUUUGCAGGGAAGACUUGACAUGUACGAAAAGUUUUUGCAUGAUCACAGCUUAUAG